AUUGUACCAUUUGAAAUGCUCCAGGCUGGUGAUACCUGGAUCACUGCCCAUUGUGCCCAGACAUGCAGAUGUGGAGAAGGAGCACAGAUCCAGUGUGAUCCCUACAGCUGUGAAGCAGGGUCAAUCUGCACCCUAAACAACAAAGGACAGUUCAGAUGCAAACCUACAGGGUUUUCGAGGUGCUCUGUGAAUGGGGAUCCCCAUUAUUACACCUUCGAUGGGCUUCUUCACCACUUCCAAGGCAAUAAAACCUACACACUGGUCCGCACCUCAGAUCUGCCCCAGAACCUGCCAGCAUUCCACAUAGCGGGCAGGAAUGAACCCGUGAAGGAGAAUAAAAAGCUUACUAACCUCUGGGAGCUCAGAGUGGAGGUGUACAACCACACAGUGCGGCUGCAACAGAAAAGGACAGUUUUGUUGGACGGUGAGAGAGUGUUCCCUCCAGCCUUCCCUCACGAUGGACUCCGAGUCACUCUCAGAUCCUCCAGGUUAUUCCUGGAGACAGACUUUGGCUUGUCGGUGGCCUUUGAUGGAGCAGAGAAUGCAGAUAUAACCCUUCCCAACACGUACAAGAAAAGAGUAGGGGGCCUGUGUGGAGAUUUUGAUGGAAAGUACAAAAACGAUUUUAGGAAGCCAGAUGGCACCCGAGUUACAGAUGUGAAUGAGUUUGGAGAAAGUUGGAACGAUCAGAAGAGUGCUUUGAUCAUCAGCAGGCCAAGGGCAGCUCCAGAGGAACAUGCUGAUGAUCCUGAGCUGAAUACUGGCAGCAUCACUGAGUGCGCAAUGCAGAUAAGUGUGAUCACCAGCUCCCUCUACUGUGGAGCAAUCUCCGACCCCCUGGGUCCGUUCCAGCCCUGUCACCACGCAAUUCCACCUGAAGUGUACCAAACGAACUGUGUCUUUGACCAGUGCUCUUUAUUCAAUGACACUGGAAUGCUGUGUUCCAGUCUGGAGCAAUAUGCACUGGCCUGUCAGGAAAGAGGGAUUGCCUUAGGAAACUGGAGAGAAAGAACCCCUUGUGAGAGGAGGUGCCCAGUGAACAGUCAGUACAGAGCCUGUGCCACUGCCUGCCCUGCCUCUUGCGGGGACCUGGCUGCCCCUUGGGACUGUGAAGCCCCGUGUCUGGAGGGCUGCGAGUGUCUGCCUGGCUUUGUGCUCAGUGGCCUGGACUGUGUGCCCUACAAGGAGUGUGGCUGUCUCUACCAGAACAUGUACUACAAGGCUGGUGAGAGUUUCAUCACAGUGGAUUGCACUCAGAACUGCACCUGCACUCACACUUCAGUUCACUGUGUCCCAAUGCAGUGUGCCACCAAUCAGAUCUGCACCACCGCCAGCUUCGUUCGAGGAUGUUACAGUGGGCUGCAGGGGAAUGAUCUGUUGUGAAGGGGAGGAGUGUUUUUACUGACCACAAUGAGUACUGGAAAACCAUCACACAGGCUCCAAACUGCCAGGGAACCCAGACAAACACACAAGCUACUAACCCUGCAUUUCAUGAGAACACAAACAAAUAAUCUUAUAAUAAUAAUAAUAAUAAUAAUAAUAAUAAUAAAAUCAGGAAUGUGUGGAGUGAUUUUUCUUUUUUAAAACUUAUUAGCAUUCUGUUAAAAUGAAAGCUGUUUUGUAGGUUCAUAGUAGUGGAGCACUUGUAAUUGCAUUUAAUAAACUCUUUCUUUCUUA